CAGAGCCCAUUAAUCCAACAGCAAAUAGCGCCAGUAGCCAGUAAUUGACACCAAUGUAACCCUAGCGGAAGGAAGAUGCAAAUGGAGACACCUACAUUUUAUUAUGCACAAUUCCUGACUGUUGGAUCUUCAUCGUCUUUCUCGUCCGGUACCAAUUCUCUACAGUUCAGGCGUUUCGAGUUCGAUAAAAAGGCUCUGAAAUUCAAAUCCUCUUCAAGAUUCUCAGUUCGUGCCUCCUCUGCUAGAGCCGGAGAUUCUGUGGUGACUCUUCUUGAUUACGGGGCUGGUAAUGUUCGGAGUGUCAGAAAUGCUAUUCGUCGUCUUGGCUUUGACAUCAAAGAUGUGCAAACACCAGAUGACAUUUUAAAUGCAAAACGCCUUAUUUUCCCUGGGGUUGGGGCAUUUGCUGCAGCUAUGGAUGUGCUAAAUCAGAAUGGGAUGGCUGAAGCACUUUGUGCUUACAUUCAGAAUGAUCGCCCAUUUUUAGGCAUUUGUCUUGGAUUGCAACUACUUUUCGAGUCGAGUGAGGAGAAUGGACCAGUGAAAGGUCUUGGCUUGAUUCCUGGCUUAGUUGGACGUUUUGACUCGUCUAAUGGUUUCAGAGUACCUCAUAUUGGCUGGAAUGCUCUGCAAAUAGCAAAAGACUCUGAAAUUUUGGAUGAUAUUGGAAAUCGUCAUGUCUACUUUGUUCACUCAUACCGUGCCAUACUGUCAGAUGAUAACAAAGAGUGGGUUUCAUCUACUUGCAACUAUGGUGACAAUUUUAUAGCAUCUGUCAGAAAGGGAAAUGUACAUGCAGUUCAGUUUCACCCGGAGAAGAGUGGAGAUGUUGGUCUUUCUAUAUUGAGAAAUUUCUUGUAUCCAAAAUCUCACUGGACGAAGAAGCCAGUUGAAGGGAAGGCUGUAAAACUUGCAAAGAGGGUAAUUGCUUGUCUGGAUGUAAGGGCAAAUGAUAAAGGCGACCUUGUUGUAACCAAAGGAGAUCAAUAUGAUGUCAGGGAGCAUACAGAAGAGAACGAGGUGAGAAACCUUGGCAUUCCAGUGGAUCUUGCUGGACAGUACUACACAGAUGGGGCUGAUGAGGUUUGUUUCUUGAAUAUUACUGGUUUCCGAGACUUCCCUCUAGGUGAUUUGCCAAUGUUGCAGGUAUUACGUUAUGCAUCAGAAAAUGUUUUUGUACCAUUGACAGUUGGUGGUGGUAUCAGAGAUUUUACAGAUGGAAAUGGCAGGUACUAUUCUAGUUUGGAAGUGGCUUCAGAAUAUUUCCGAUCUGGUGCAGAUAAGGUUUCAAUUGGGAGUGAUGCGGUUUAUGCUGCAGAAGAAUAUUUAAGAACUGGAGUAAAGACUGGAAAGAGCAGCUUAGAACAAAUUUCCCGCGUAUAUGGAAAUCAGGCAGUGGUUGUAAGCAUUGAUCCUCGUAGGGUGUACUUGAAAAACCCUGAUGAUGUAGAGUUCAAGACAGUGAGAAACUCAGGUCCUAAUGGAGAGGAAUAUGCAUGGUAUCAGUGCACGGUGAAUGGUGGGCGCGAGGGUCGACCAAUUGGAGCUUAUGAGCUCGCUAAAGCUGUUGAAGAGUUGGGUGCUGGAGAAAUACUGCUAAACUGCAUUGAUUGUAAUGGUCAAGGGAAAGGAUUCGAUAUAGAUCUGAUCAAGUUGAUCGCAGAUGCUGUGACCAUCCCUGUAAUUGCAAGUAGUGGCGCAGGAGCAGUUGAACACUUCUCAGAGGUAUUCAAGAAAACAUGUGCAUCUGCUGCUCUUGCUGCUGGCAUUUUCCAUCGGAAUGAGGUUCCCAUUCGGUCUGUGAAAGAGCAUUUGUUAAAGGAAGGCAUAGAAGUUAGACUGUAACUGGUUGCUGCUGCAAACCCGAGCUGUUAAGACUAGUCAUUUUACUGCAGAAUAAUUUCUUUUUAAAACAAUGUUGAGAUUGUCCUGGUAUCCUGUUGACUGUGUGUGCGUUCUUUGCAGCUCUGUUACUAAUUUUGAAAUGCUUUCAUGUUUAACCUAAGUCUCGUUCUCAGCAACGAGCCUAAUCUCGUUCUCAACGGGUUCAGUCAAACUAAGAAAUAAUAUGUUUGUGGUUUGAGCAA